UCCCUAUCCUUGGAGCCUGAAUGUAUACAAACUCCAGUGACCCUAAGACGGUUAGGUUGAGGGAUCGAUUUAGGGUUCAGGUUAGGCAUAAGGAUCGAUAUAUGAUAUAGGGUUCAGGUUAGGCAUAGGGAUCGAUUUAGGGUUUAGGUUAGGCAUAGGGAUCGAUUUUGUUUAGGUUUAGUGACAGAAUUAACUGGUUGUGUCAACCAAGAUAGCAGAAAACCCGGGGAGCUUUCUCAACAUUUACUACCGGUACUCCACCAAUGGGCCGGUAAAUGUUGUAGUGAAAUUCUGUAACGGCAUGCACCACAGGCCAAACUGAGACCAUCCGUGAGCGUGUCUGCUUAAUCUGCACAGCCCACUGCAGACACCACAUUUCAUACACUGUUCGUCAAUGCACACACCGUCGUAGUACUGAAUUAGGGUCUGACAAAUUCAGCAGUAGUGUGGACAGCCCCCCAUACUUAUUUGUUUCAUGUCUGAUCGGUAUCAAAAACUUUGUGCAUAUGCACUAUUACCUCCUGUCAUAUUGGUAGCUUAGUAAUAAUUAUUUAAAUGAAUUAUGCACUAAAUAACUUUACACAACUGGAUUUUUUUCUUGGCUUAUGCCUAAGUGGUAGAUUACCCUGCCACCAUGGGUAGGGAAAAUGAGAGAAUGUGCUUUUUUUAUCAAAUUAACAAGAGAAACGGAGAUAGGAACAAAAUGUUAAAAUUAAUGAAAAUGAAAUAAUUUCAGCCCGAACAUUAAUUUCUUGACAAACCUGGCUACUAUAUUGUAUCCUUCUAAGCCUAGAUAUGCUGUAAGAAGUGUCAGAGAUCUUCAGUUGCUCCCUUCACAUGUGCUACAGUAAUACUCUGUUGUAAGAAAAAUGUAAAAAUAAAGAAAAUCAAUCCAAAAUAUUUGUUUAAUAAUUAAAACCCAACUUUAACUUUAAUAUAUACUUUUUCACACUUUUUUUGCAAGUUCCACCAAAUCCAAAAGUUGUUGUAAAAAUCGAUACAGUAGCCUUUUCCAAAAUGCGGGACAAUUUAAAUAUAAUUAACCACCUAAUGAAAUUAUAACUUAGUCUUAAAUCAUUCCUUUGUAUUAAUAUAUUUAAAAAAGCAAGGUUAACUCUAGUAACAAUCUAAGAAUAAACAAAAGGAGAGAAUCCUACACUUAAACUCCAAGUGGUGCACUGAAGUAACAUAAGCCCAAUUGGCCUGUUGAACUGGUGACAUGUUCAGUAGUGAUUUUCUAAAAGCCAACUGUGUCAAAUAUUCUGUCAAAUAUUCAGUUGCAUAUCAGAAUAUUAUCGUUGACUGGGAUCUUCUGAUGCCUGUCAAUUAUUCGACUGGCCUAUUAUUCCACUUCACAAUGACGAUCUCUCUCUCUCUCUGAUAAAUAACACAAUGUCCAAUGACCACUAACAUUACUUUAUUAUAGAUGCUAUAUAAUCACAUGAUUCCUUUGACAUUUGGAUAAUGUGUACAAGUAUAAUUGUGAUGCAGAGUUUGGAGCCUUUUUAGUAUAGCCUCAUACAAUUAAUGUAUUUUUUUAGUAUAUUCUCUCAAAGUUAGAAUGAGGCAAAUUUCUCCCCCCCCCCCCCCCCGCUUCCCUUCCAGGGUUGCCAAAAACAUCCAUAAAUUUACAGACAGUCUGUAAAGAUUUGAACUAAAAUUACUUGUUCGUAAAUCCCCUUUAGAACUUAGGACAUUCUUAAUAAAUAAAGCAAUUUACAGAAUUUUUCUGAAGCAAAACAAAAUUUGACAUUUGGAGCUGUGGCAUUUGCUUCUUAGUUGCUUGACACUUGGACAGUCAUAUUCAUAAUCAGAAGUAUUUCAACACUGGUGAGAAUGCCAAAGGGCUAAAAAAAAAUGGGUCAAGCCUUGUGGUAAAAUGACAAAAAUUCAUACACAGAAAUAACAUAGUCGUACUGACAUCAGAAUUUUUUUAACUGGGUUCCUUUAUUUAAAAAAUGUGUCUGUAAAUUUUUUUGAUUGUAUGUAACAUAGGGCCUUGAAACAUUGCACAAUGAUUUGCAAGGCUGACUAAGGUGUCUGAACAUGUCCCUCAUUUUGUCUUUUGACAAUGAUUAUACUAUUUCUUUUCUGCAGCACAUAUACACUUGCUUUUGAAAAUGCUGGGUCAUUCCUUAAGGAAAACAGUCCCUGAUACAAUUAGGAUAAUUUUUUGCCAUUCUUGUUUUCGGCGGUUAAGUUCAACUCAAACUUCAUACUGGUCCUUACUGUCAAGAAAGGUAUUUGUUAAAAAAUACAUUAAAAUUUUACAAGUACUGUUUAUUUCUUUGCUAUAUAAAUAUACUUCAUUCCGCUCUAAAAUUUUGAUAACUUACCUGCCUUUGAAAGGCUCUCAUUUUUAUAUUUGUUCUUCUCCAUGGAAAGAAAAAUAUAGAAAAAAUAGUUCCUUGCAAUACGAGACAGAAAUUCCACAGGAGUGCUUUGAACCAGGGAGCAACACAAGAAUCUCCAUCAGCUUCCAGCAAGAUAGAGCCAGCAGAGUGGGAUCAGCCAUUUCAGUUGCCUGAGCCUGAGCUAGACUGGCCUUUUUUGCUGAGCUCUGCAAACACUGAAGCUAUUGACAACAACAUCAGCAACAGAAAGGGGAUAGGAGAUAUCCAUAAAGUGGUAUGGUCUUCAUAAUUAAAUAUGACAAUGGAGUUUGAUUUCUGAAUAAGUCUUCUUAAAUGUGGUCAUGUCAUGAUUAUCUGUAGCCCCCACCUGGGGCGACAAUUUCCUGGCUUCUUUGUCCUUAAAGUGUUAGAUUUUUAACAUUCAUAUGAUUUUCAAUACAAGUGUGCUGCAGAAAAUUUUAAAAAAUUAAUGCGACAAAAAUAGGAUUCACCGUGCUAAAUGUUUUGUUUAACAUGUUUUGCUCGAUCCUGCUCUAUGAUAAUUUAUGAUGAGUUGAAAUUUUAAAAAAAUUGAUACAAACCAUUUUUUUACUUUAACAGCUAGAACUGUCACAAUCACUAGCUGCUGAGCAAAAUGUAAGUAUUUUCAAUGCUGUUUUUAUUUCUUCACCCUAUAGUUUCUUGUAGAUAAAGCUAUUUACCAAUGAUUAAAUUUAUUGCUACUGUAUGCACUCAUUCAUAUGACUGUUUGUUUGUACGCUGACCCCCUUAGUUUUAACUUGGAAAAGCUGAAGAGUGUGUACCCGACUCAAAACCGUACCCCAUCAAAUAAUAUGCUUGUGGAAGCAGUACGUCACUAAAUAAAUUAAAUUAUUUUUUUUAAUCCAAAAUUUAAAAAAUGAUUCUAGUGUAAGUAAAAACCUUAAAAUAACUAUUAAGUAUACAGCAUUAUGUACAACAUAGAUUAUUGCACGUGUGCUAGUAAAUAAAUGGUAACCAUAAUUGACAUUUUGAAAAAUAGGACUUCGGUUAUCUACAACAACAAUUUUUUAUUCAAUGUAUGUACUUUGACAAUCUUCGCAUGGACGUAGCAAAAUGAGAACAAAACAUUUGACCCAAUUUAGCACACAACCAAUUUGUACAUUGCCUAACCUUUUUUUUUCCAUUACUUAUUUUUUCCUUGUUCUCUAUAAUAGAAUCAGUUUUCCUGGAGAAAAUUAUAAAAAUCUCCAAUGACCCGCUCAUAAGCAGACCACCACACUCAUUCCCCUGAAACAUUUCCACCAAAAAAAUUCAGCUUAUGAAUGUGUAUAUGCAGGAAUCAUUACAGGCAAUGAAGCUCCAUGGUAGUACUUCCUAAACUCUUUAUUCAGUGUGUUCCCCAAAUUAACUUUACCAUCUGAAUGACUCUCAAUAGGUGGAUAAGAAAGAGCACAUAAGGCGGCAACUUCUGGCGGAGGCUUUAGAUAUCCCAAACAUGAGUCAUCCCAAUGCUGUAAGUUCUGUAACUUUAGAUAUCCCAAACAUGAGUCAUCCCAAUGCUGUAAGUUCUGUAACUUUAGUAAUCCCAAACAUGAGUCAUCCCAAUGCUGUAAGUUCUGUAACUUUAGAUAACCCAAACAUAAGUCAUCCCAUUGCUGUAUGUUUCUGUAACUUUAGUAAUCCCAAACAUGAGUCAUCCCAAUGCUGUAAGUUCUGUAACUUUAGAUAUCCCAAACAUAAGUCAUCCCAAUGCUGUAAGUUCUGUAACUUUAGAUAUCCCAAACAUAAGUCAUCCCAAUGCUGUAAGUUCUGUAACUUUAGAUAUCCCAAACAUAAGUCAUCCCAAUGCUGUAAGUUCUGUAACUUUAGAUAUCCCAAACAUAAGUCAUCCCAAUGCUGUAAGUUCUGUAACUUUAGAUAUCCCAAACAUAAGUCAUCCCAAUGCUGUAAGUUCUGUAACUUUAGAUAUCCCAAACAUAAGUCAUCCCAAUGCUGUAAGUUCUGUAACUUUAGAUAUCCCAAACAUAAGUCAUCCCAAUGCUGUAAGUUCUGUAACUUUAGAUAUCCCAAACAUAAGUCAUCCCAAUGCUGUAAGUUCUGUAACUUUAGAUAUCCCAAACAUAAGUCAUCCCAAUGCUGUAAGUUCUGUAACUUUAGAUAUCCCAAACAUAAGUCAUCCCAAUGCUGUAAGUUCUGUAACUUUAGAUAUCCCAAACAUAAGUCAUCCCAAUGCUGUAAGUUCUGUAACUUUAGAUAUCCCAAACAUAAGUCAUCCCAAUGCUGUAAGUUCUGUAACUUUAGAUAUCCCAAACAUAAGUCAUCCCAAUGCUGUAAGUUCUGUAACUUUAGAUAUCCCAAACAUAAGUCAUCCCAAUGCUGUAAGUUCUGUAACUUUAGAUAUCCCAAACAUAAGUCAUCCCAAUGCUGUAAGUUCUGUAACUUUAGAUAUCCCAAACAUAAGUCAUCCCAAUGCUGUAAGUUCUGUAACUUUAGAUAUCCCAAACAAAAGUCAUCCCAAUGCUGUAAGUUCAGUAACUUUAGAUAUCCCGAACAUAAGUCAUCCCAAUGCUGUACAUUUCUGUAACUUUAGAUAUCCCAAAGAUAAGUCAUCCCAAUGCUGUAAGUUCUGUAACUUUAGAUAUCCCAAACAUUAGUCAUCCCAUUGCUGUAAGUUCUGUAACUUUAGAUAUCCCAAACAUAAGUCAUCCCAAUGCUGUAAGUUCAGUAACUUUAGAUAUCCCAAACAUAAGUCAUCCCAAUGCUGUAAGUUCAGUAACUUUAUAUAUCCCAAACAUAAGUCAUCCCAAUGCUGUAAGUUUCUGUAACUUUAGAUAUCCCAAACAUAAGUCAUCCCAAUGCUGUAAGUUCUUUAACUUUAGAUGUCCCAAACAUAAAUCAUCCCAUUGCUGUAAGUUUCUGUGACUUUAGAUAUCCCAAACAUAAGUCAUCCCAAUGCUGUAAGUUCAGUAACUUUAGAUAUUCCAAACAUAAGUCAUCCGAAUGCUGUAAGUUUCUUUAACUUUAGAUAUCCCAAACAUAAGUCAUCCCAAUGCUGUAAGUGCCUGUAACUUUAGAUAUCUCAAACAUAAGUCAUCCCAAUGCUGUAAGUGCCUGUAACUUUAGAUAUCCCAAACAUAAGUCAUCCCAUGCUGUAAGUUAUGUAACUUUAGAUAUCCCAAACAUAAGUCAUCCCAAUGCUGUAAGUUCAGUAACUUUAGAUAUCCCAAACAUAAGUCAUCCCAAUGCUGUAAGUGCCUGUAACUUUAGAUAUCUUAAACAUUAGUCAUCCCAUUGCUGUAAGUUUCUGUAACUUUAGAUAUCCCAAACAUAAGUCAUCCCAAUGCUGUAAGUUUCUGUAACUUUAGAUAUCCCAAACAUAAGUCAUCCCAUUGCUGUAAGUUUCUGUAACUUUAGAUAUCCCAAACAUAAGUCAUCCCAUUGCUGUAUGUUUCUGUAACUUUAGUAAUCCCAAACAUGAGUCAUCCCAAUGCUGUAAGUUCUGUAACUUUAGAUAUCCCAAACAUAAGUCAUCCCAAUGCUGUAAGUUCUGUAACUUUAGUAAUCCCAAACAUGAGUCAUUCCAAUGCUGUAAGUUCUGUAACUUUAGAUAUCCCAAACAUAAGUCAUCCCAAUGCUGUAAGUUCUGUAACUUUAGAUAUCCCAAACAUAAGUCAUCCCAUUGCUGUAAGUUCUGUAACUUUAGAUAUCCCAAACAUAAGUCAUCCCAUUGCUGUAUGUUUCUGUAACUUUAGUAAUCCCAAACAUGAGUCAUCCCAAUGCUGUAAGUUCUGUAACUUUAGAUAUCCCAAACAUAAGUCAUCCCAAUGCUGUAAGUUCUGUAACUUUAGUAAUCCCAAACAUAAGUCAUUCCAAUGCUGUAAGUUCUGUAACUUUAGAUAUCCCAAAGAUAAGUCAUCCCAAUGCUGUAAGUUCUGUAACUUUAGAUAUCCCAAACAUAAGUCAUCCCAUUGCUGUAAGUUCUGUAACUUUAGAUAUCCCAAACAUAAGUCAUCCCAAUGCUGUAAGCUCUGUAACUUUAGAUAUCCCAAACAUAAGUCAUCCCAAUGCUGUAAGUUCUGUAACUUUAGAUAUCCCAAAGAUAAGUCAUCCCAAUGCUGUAAGUUCUGUAACUUUAGAUAUCCCAAACAUAAGUCAUCCCAUUGCUGUAAGUUCUGUAACUUUAGAUAUCCCAAAGAUAAGUCAUCCCAAUGCUGUAAGUUCUGUAACUUUAGAUAUCCCAAACAUAAGUCAUCCCAUUGCUGUAAGUUCUGUAACUUUAGAUAUCCCAAACAUAAGUCAUCCCAUUGCUGUAAGUUUCUGUAACUUUAGAUAUCCCAAACAUAAGUCAUCCCAUUGCUGUAAGUUUCUGUAACUUUAGAUAUCCCAAACAUAAGUCAUCCCAUUGCUGUAAGUUUCUGUAACUUUAGAUAUCCCAAACAUAAGUCAUCCCAUUGCUGUAAGUUUCUGUAACUUUAGAUAUCCCAAACAUAAGUCAUCCCAUUGCUGUAAGUUUCUGUAACUUUAGAUAUCCCAAACAUAAGUCAUCCCAUUGCUGUAAGUUUCUGUAACUUUAGAUAUCCCAAACAUAAGUCAUCCCAUUGCUGUAAGUUUCUGUAACUUUAGAUAUCCCAAACAUAAGUCAUCCCAUUGCUGUAAGUUUCUGUAACUUUAGAUAUCCCAAACAUAAGUCAUCCCAUUGCUGUAAGUUUCUGUAACUUUAGAUAUCCCAAACAUAAGUCAUCCCAUUGCUGUAAGUUUCUGUAACUUUAGAUAUCCCAAACAUAAGUCAUCCCAUUGCUGUAAGUUUCUGUAACUUUAGAUAUCCCAAACAUAAGUCAUCCCAUUGCUGUAAGUUUCUGUAACUUUAGAUAUCCCAAACAUAAGUCAUCCCAAUGCUGUAAGUUUCUGUAACUUUAGAUAUCCCAAACAUAAGUCAUCCCAUUGCUGUAAGUUUCUGUAACUUUAGAUAUCCCAAACAUAAGUCAUCCCAAUGCUGUAAGUGCCUGUAACUUUAGAUAUUUUAAACAUAAGUCAUCCCAUUGCUGUAAGUUCUGUAACUUUAGAUAUCCCAAACAUAAGUCAUCCCAAUGCUGUAAGUGCCUGUAACUUUAGAUAUCCCAAACAUAAGUCAUCCCAUUGCUGUAAGUUUCUGUGACUUUAGAUAUCCCAAACAUAAGUCAUCCCAUUGCUGUAAGUUACUGUAACUUUAGAUAUCCCAAACAUAAGUCAUCCCAUUGCUGUAAGUUUCUGUAACUUUAGAUAUCCCAAACAUAAGUCAUCCCAUUGCUGUAAGUUUCUGUAACUUUAGAUAUCCCAAACAUAAGUCAUCCCAUUGCUGUAAGUUUCUGUGACUUUAGAUAUCCCAAACAUAAGUCAUCCCAUUGCUGUAAGCUUCUGUAACUUUAGAUAUCCCAAACAUAAGUCAUCCCAUUGCUGUAAGUUUCUGUAACUUUAGAUAUCCCAAACAUAAAUCUUCCCAUUGCUGUAAGUUUCUGUGACUUUAGAUGUCCCAAACAUAAAUCAUCCCAUUGCUGUAAGAUUUCUAAUUAGGGGUUUACUGUUCUCGACUGUGUGCACUCAUUCAUAUGACUGUUUGUUCGUACGCUGAUCCCCUAAGUUUUAACUUGGAAAAGCUGAAGAGUGUGUACCCGACUCAAAACCGUACCCCAUCAAAUAAUAUGCUUGUAGAAGCAGUAGGUCACUAAAUAAGUCAUCCCAUUCCUGUAAGAUUUCUAAUUAGGGGAUUACUGUUCUGGACUGUUUUCAAUUUAUUUCCAGUUUAGAAAUUAUUUCUUCAUCACCACAUGGUGCAUCAAAAUGUGAUAUAUCGAUCCUGUCACCAUUGUCCUUUCACCAUUGUCCUGUCACCAUUGUCCUGUCACCAUGGUCCUGUCACCAUGGUCCUGUCACCAUGGUCCUGUCACCAUCGUCAUGUCACCAUGGUCCUGUCACCAUUGUCCUGUCCCCAUUGUCCUGUCACCAUGGUCCUGUCACCAUGGUCCUGUCACCAUGGUCCUGUCACCAUCGUCAUGUCACCCUUGUCCUGUCACCAUUGUCCUGUCCCUGUCAUGUCACCAUGGUCCUGUCACCAUUGUCCUGUCCCCAUUGUCCUGUCACCAUGGUCCUGUCACCAUGGUCCUGUCACCAUGGUCCUGUCACCAUCGUCAUGUCACCAUGGUCCGGUCACCAUUGUCCUGUCCCCAUUGUCCUGUCACCAUUGUCCUGUCACCAUGGUCCUGUCAUCAUUGUCCUGUCACCAUUGUCCUGUCACCAUGGUCCUGUCACCAUGGUCCUGUCACUAUUGUCAUGUCACCAUGGUCCUGUCACCAUUGUCCUGCCCCCAUUGUCCUGUCACCAUUGUCCUGUCACCAUGGUCCUGUCACCAUGGUCCUGUCACCAUGGUCCUAACACCAUUGUCCUGUCACCAUUGUCCUGUCACCAUGGUCCUGUCAUCAUGGUCCUGUCACCAAUGUCCUGUCACCAUUGUUCUGUCAUCAUUGUCCUGUCUCCAUGGCCUUGUCACCAUGGUCCUGUCACCAUGGUCCUGUCACCAUUAUCCUGUCACCAUUGUCACAGAUGAAGUUCACCUAGAUAAGCCCAUGCCCCCAAAUUAUAUUUUUUUAUAACUUAACUUAUUUAGGCACUGCUCCUUUGCAAAGUGAUAGAGAAAUUCAUUAUUUGACUAAUAUUUCAUGAAUCUAAAAAUAGUAAUUGGUGCUAAUUGAUUUCAAGGGAUAGUUUUUAUUAGAUUAUUCAAGUUUUAUUCUACAUGUUGUAACGGUAUUAGCAUGUUUAUUUAUUUCAUCCGUGCAUUCAAUAGAUCAUUGGAGAUGAGUCAAAAGCUAGAGUAAUUGAACUUGUGGGUGAAUUGAAAGGUAAGCAACAUUUGUAUAAUUUUACAUCUUCACUUCUUCGUGGUGUAAUGUCAGUGCUGGAAUUUGAAUGAUGACAUUCUGAGACAAAUUUUUAUUGCAACAAUUGCUGGAUAAACACUUUAGAGCUGUAUAUAAUUAUUAUAAUUUCCAUUAAAAAUUUAUGGAUUCAUUAAAAUUCCUAUCCCUCAUUAACACAUGACACCAUAUGAAAGUCAAAAGUUGAAUACUUGCAACAUAACACAUGACACUGUAUGGGAGUCAAUAGUUGAAUACUUGUAACAUAACACAUGACACCGUAUGUCAAUAGUUGAAAACUAGCAACAUAACAUUACCCAUGUGUGAGUCAAAAGUUGAAUACUUGCAAAAUAACAUGACACCAUAUGGGGGUCAAAAGUCAAAUUCUUUCAACAUAACAUUAUGCCAUAUGGAAGUAAAAAGUUGAAUGCUUGCAACAUAACACAUGACACCAUAUGGGAGUCAAAAGUUGAAUGCUUGCAACAUAAGAUGACACCAUAUGGGAGUCAAAAGUUGAAUACUUGCAACAUAACACAUGACACCACAUGGGAGUCAAUAGUUGAAUACUUGCAACAUAACAUUACACCAUAUGAUAGUCAAAAGUUGAAUACUAGCAACAUGUCAAUCUGUCUAUAAUUACAGAGUUCAAAGACAAGCCCAGGAACAUCAGUGAGAUAGCAGGAAAGGGACUGAAGAUGUUGAGACAUGAGUGAGUGUAAAGACUUGCCAUUGACCAUAUGAGGAGGGUUAAUGCUGUACAUUGUUCAGUACAAUCAUAUGUCAUAUGUGAAAUCAUAUAACUGUUGGUACAUGAAACCUGUCCAUUGCAUGUAUCAUUUAGCCAAACUGUAAAAACAAACAUAGUUCUGAAGUUUGGAAGCUGCCUCAUUAUCAAAUUAUAUUAAACUUGCCGCCACUGUUACACUCCAAAAAGAUGCUGAAAAUGCAGUGUAAAAACAAAAUGUAUUAACAUGCUUUUUUCUAGGAACUUAACGUUUUCCUCUGGAUCUAAGACCUACUACCUAGAAGAUGAGCUUGCCGAACUAGAGAGAGCCAUUGUGUCAUUCACCAUUGACAGGCUUUUCACUAAGGUAUUUUUAAAAUUUUUUGUUUUGUUUUUAGUGAAGUUAAUUUAUGAGCUGAUUUGUAACUUAAGACAAAACGCAGAUAUAAGAAUCCCAAACUGAAAAUUGUUUGCUUCAUAGCCUGGAAGCAUUUCUGUUAAAGAUCAUCAGCUUGUACAGGCAAUGUCGUUCAGUAUCAUCAGCUUGUACAGGCAAUGUCGUUCAGUAUCAUCAGCUUGUACAGGCAAUGUCGUUCAGUAUCAUCAGCAUGUCCAGGCAAUGUCGUUCAGUAUCAUCAGCUUUGUGCAGACAAUGCCGUUCAGUAUCAUCAGCUUGUACAGUUCUUUUUAAAAAGUUUUUUAUCAGUACUUUUACUUUUGCUCUAAAGAAUUGUUUUGUUAAAGAUGUAGGUGCAUUUUUUAAUAUUUGUAUGAAGUUUUAAGCCAUAAAUUUACAUUGGUUUUUAUUCAAUCUUUUUAUUUUUCAUUACCCAACUUUUAUAAUACCCUGCAGGGCUUUGAACUUGUCUCUGUUCCUGAUUUACUUUACUCUGGAGUAAUAGUAAGUUGUUGGUUUUUUUAUAUAUAUAUAUUCAAAGUUGUAAGAAAUUAUUUUAUUACUUACUGGUGUUAAAACUCAGUUCAUUGACAUGGUGCGGGAUGAAAGUGGUGUGAAUGAUAUUGCCAUAGAGCCCCCACCUCCAAGCUCUGGAAUGUUACGGCAGCUCCACUGAAUCCCCCAAAUGGUCCAAUCUUCUAACAGAACAGCUGUGGUUUUAAGACGACCUCUGGGCGCAGUCAAGUCUACCAGCUCCAUGACAAGUGUUUGAAUGGGGCCUGCCUGGCAGGGACUGCAGAAAUGUCCUUGGCAGGUUUGUUCAUCAUGUCGAUAAUUUUUGUCUUCAAUGAAUUUUCUCAGUGUCUCUUUUUUUUUAAUUUCAUUUUUCAAUAACUUAUUUCACCUUUUAAGCUUUUUUUUAAAAAGUAUUUUAAAGCAGUCACAUUUUUGUGACUGACUCUCAGAAAUCACUACCACAUACCAUACACUUAGAGAGGGUUGACCAUCAAUAAGAAACACUCUCACACUUCUAACCUUAAAUUCCACUAUUUCUUUACUGCAGGCUACUUUAUGAAUGAAACUAUUCCACUGGAACAAUUACCUAAAAGGUAAAUAGAUUCUUCCAUUACAACACAUGUAUAUGUAGUUUUCUACUUGUUUUCCCUUGUGACCUGAGCUUUGGGUUCAUGAUUGGACUGAGCUUUGGGUUUGUGAAUGGACUGAGCCUUGGGUUCAUGAAUGGACUGAGCUUUGGGUUUGUGAAUGGACUGAGCUCUGGGUUUAUGGAUAGACUGAGCUUUCGGUUUAUGGAUGGACUUAGAUUCGGGUUAAUGGAUAGACUGAGCUUUGGGUUUAUGGAUGGACUUAGAUUCAGGUUAAUGGAUAGACUGAGCUUUGGGUUUAUGGAUGGACUUAGCUUUAUUUUAUGGGUUAGCUUUUCAACUGACUUACAAAUAUAAAAUAGAUAAAAGAAAUAAAAGAACUUGAAGCAUUUAAUUCAUGGGAAAAUACUAUUUCAUCAUCAUAGUAAUUUUAUUUAUAGACAGUUUGUCAGCCAGCAAUCAGUCACUAUAUAAAAUAUUCACUACCGGGUAUAUAAGACAAUCAUUGUAUAAUAAAAUCACUUUAUAAUACAACCCCAAUAUGCUACAAUCAUUGUAUAAUAAAACCGUCAUAUAAUAAAAUCACUGUAUAAUAAGACAACUAUAUAAUGCAAUCACUAUUUCAUGACACGCUCUGCGUGGUGUCCCACUGUUUACAUUAAACGUUUAUUGUUCUCCUUACGGCAGAAUGAUGGCAGUCAGCAGAUGUUACAGAGCAGAGGCUGCAGAGAAAGCCAUUGAGAAAGGUCUCUACAGAGUUCAUCAUUUCACAAAGGUUUUAUUAUAAUUUCCUUCUACCAUAAAUUUUUUAUUAUUUUUUUUGUGGGGGAUGUUUAUCCAUUUGCUUCAGAUAAAUGGUGAACAAGGAAGAAUGUUGUGUUGGUGUUUUAUUUAAUUAAACGAAUUAUAAAAAUGACUGAAAUAAUGGAGGAGGUAAUUUUUAAAUCUUGUUUUUAAAAAACUUGGAAUCCUGUUUGUUGAUUUGAUUGAAAUUCAAUCUGGGCAAACAUUGGUGUAGGGUUGUUGUUAUUUUUUUCAAGACAAAAUAAACAGAUAUUUUGUUUCAAAAAAUGUCAGUGGAGGAUGGUGUUUUUCUGAAGCUAUAAAAGAAUGGAGAUUUGGAAGGGUUGAGAUGUCAUAAUUACUUCUCUUUUAUUCUAUUUAAAUUUGAUGAUAGUUUCCAGAUGAUGAUAACUUACUGAUAUCAAAGUAUGAAACCACAUCUAACCACAGAGUUCAAUGUCAUAUUAAGGUCUUAGCAGUGUUUCAUGUCAUAUUAAGGCCUUGGCAGUGUCAGUCAUUUCAUUUUAAGGCCUUAGCAGUCUGAUUCAUGUCAUCUUAAGCCGGUAGCAGUGGGCGUCAUGUCUAUGAGUCAUUGACAGUAUGUUUUGUCAUUUUGAGGCCUAUCAGAGUCAUCAUGUCAUUAUACUACUUUAGCAGUGUCAGUCAUGUCAUUUUAAGACCUUAAAGACCUUAGCAGUGUCAUAUCUACAGAUAAUUACUACAAAUAAUUUUGCCCCCCACCCUCCCCCCUCAGGUCACUUCUUUUUUUCUGCCAAGGAUCACACUAAAUAAUUAUAAUUUGAUAAUUUAAAAUAUUUGUUACAGGUGGAGAUGUUUGGACUAACUGCCAACGAAGAUGGAACAGAGAGUGAGAAACUACUUCAAGAAAUAUUGUCUAUUGAGAAGGAGCUCUUCUCUGAUUUGGGACUUCAUUUCAGGUAAGAUAUCUGAUCGUUAGUGAUUUUUCAAAUGAUGGUAAUGGUUAUUUUUAAAAACUUUUACAUUACUCUGGCUGCAUAAUAGUGUUGAGACCAUCGUCCAACAAAAAGAAUGGAACAAAUUGUGAGGAAGCUCAUUGGCUGACCCCCCCCCCCCUUUUCCCUUAACAAUGGUAUAAUGUUAAUAGGACUGGCAGGGCAGAAUAGACAGAAACUUUUUCAUACCAAGUAGGCUUUUAUCCUACGGGGCUGACAUACUAAACUAGUUGUUCUUUCUGCACAAGAAGAGCAGACAUGCUGGUUUAGAGGAGUCGAUUUGUUGGAGGAGUUUUCCUUACAGCAGCCUUUUGUGUUUCCAAACCACAUAUGAGGCAGUCUAUCUAGUUUUCCCCAUAACUGAGAGUAAUCCUGUAAGAUAGAUCCAGCCUUUUGGUCUGAAGUCAGCCUUUUGGUCUGAAGUCAGCCUUUUGCUCUGAGGUCAGCCUUUUGGUCUGAAGUCAGCCUUUUGGUCUGAGGUCAGACAUGCCACCAUUGCAGCUGUGCUAUAAAAUUUACUGAUUAAUAUUGAAAUAUUUUUUUGCUGAGUAUAAUUCGUUUUAGUCCUUUGAUUUUUAAAGAAAAAAAAAAGAAAAUUUAAGUUUUGAAUUUGGAAAGAUCUAACUGUUUUGAGGUCCAUCCACCAGAAUUUUGGAUAUGCCAACCCAAGAGUUGGGAGCCCCUGCACACAAAAAGUUUGACAUUGAGGCCUGGAUGUAUGGCAAGCAAAUGUGGGGAGAGGUGAGAUAUUUGAGUGAUACAGAACUAGAAAAUGGCCAUAAUCUGUGAGUCAGUUUAUUCAAAUUCUACAGAACAUUGUAGCAGAGUUGCUUAGCUCACAUGGAUAUAGACACACCGUUCUGCGCACCCAUAGAUACAGAGGUAACAUACUUCGCACACAGAUAUUGACCACUGUACUAAGCACACAUAGACGUCACGUACUAACCACACAUAAAUAUAGACGCACCGUACUAAGCACACAUGGAUACAGAGGCACCAUUCUAAGCACACAUAGAUUGAAAGUUAAACAAGAUAAAAACAUCAGAUUUUUUUAAAAUUAAAAUUGAGCAGAUUCUCACCAUCACCCAAAUUCAUGCGGGACGCAAGGUUUUAUUGUUAUUUUUAAACAAAAAUGAGGGAGGUGCUCUACGCGCCAGCGCACAUUGGACGCAUCUGGAGGUACACCCCAAGAACGCAACCGCCUGGAACAGGUGUAUAGAAAAUAUGGGGGGGGGGGGGCCUCAAUUUUUUUAGAAAUAAUAAACAAUGCAAAUGUGAAAAAUUCAGACUUAGGCUUUAAGAGGGUUAAAGUUACACCCAUAGUUGGAGGUACACCCCAAGAACGCAACCGCCUGGAACAGGUGUAUAGAAAAUAUGGGGGGGGGGGGCCUCAAUUUUUUUAGAAAUAAUAAACAAUGCAAAUGUGAAAAAUUCAGACUUAGGCUUUAAGAGGGUUAAAGUUACACCCAUAGCUAAGAGGAUCAAAGAUAUUCACAUUACUGAUUUGGUAACGCAUUUUAUUUUGUGUAUUAAUAUAUGGUAUCUGCUUUUAAUUUUAAAGUAUGCGUAUAACAUACCAUGCCAUCAGUGACAAGUGACUGAUAGUUUUUAAAUUCCUUAGUCCACUCAAAAGUAAGAACUUAUAUGACAUAAAUGAACAGAGACUUCUGCAUCUUGGUUGACCCAGUCUUUGUUCCCCGGGCACUUUCAAUAUAUCAGCUCUUCAGUAUUGUUUCCUUUCUACGUUAAAUAAUCCAUGUUUUCACUUUCUGUAAGCAUACCUAUGUAAACAGAGUAGUUGCAGAGCUGAGAAAUUAUCAUUCUCUCAAGAGUUUCAAAUAUCACAGUUGUUGAUUUGAUAGUUCAUGAUUUUGAUAGUUCAUGAUUUUGAUAGUUCAUGAUUUUGAUAGUUCAUGAUUUUGAUAGUUCAUGAUUUUGAUAGUUCAUGAUUUUGAUAGUUCAUGAUUUUCUUGAUUUUGAUAGUUCGUGAUUUUGAUAGUUCAGGAUUUUGAUAGUUCAUGAUUUUGAUAGUUCAUGAUUUUGAUAGUUCAUGAUUUUGAUAGUUCAUGAUUUUGAUUGUUUCUAGUUGUUCAUAUCAUUUAUUAAAAUGAAUAAUUUGAUUGAUGUUUAAUCUUACCACUUAUCAUAUCACACCAACCACUUGUGAAAUCACACCAACCUCUUAUCAUAUCACACCAACCACUUGCCAUAUCACACAAACUACUUGUCAUAUCACACCAACCACUUGUCAUAUCUCACCAACCACUUGUGAUAUCACACCAACCACUUAUCAUAUCACACCAACCACUUGUGAUAUCACACCAACCACUUAUCAUAUCACACCAACCACUUGCCAUAUCACACAAACCACUUGUCAUAUCACACCAACCACUUGUCAUAUCACACCAACGACUUGUCAUAUCACACAAACCACUUGUCAUAUCACACCAACCACUUGCCAUAUCACACAAACCACUUGUCAUAUCACACCAACCACUUGUCAUAUCUCACCAACCACUUGUGAUAUCACACCAACCACUUGUCAUAUCACACAAACCACUUGUCAUAUCACACCAACCACUUGCCAUAUCACACAAACCACUUGUCAUAUCACACCAACCACUUGCCAUAUCACACAAACCACUUGUCAUAUCACACCAACCACUAGUCAUAUCUCACCAACCACUUGUGAUAUCACACCAACCACUUGUCAUAUCACACAAACAACUUGUCAUAUCACACCAACCACUUGCCAUAUCACACAAACCACUUGUCAUAUCACACCAACCACUUGCCAUAUCACACACACCACUUGUCAUAUCACACCAACCACUUGUCAUAUCUCACCAACCACUUGUGAUAUCACACCAACCACUUAUCAUAUCACACCAACCACUUAUCAUAUCACACCAACCACUUGUCAUAUCACACCAACCAUUUGUCAUAUCACACCAACCACUUGUCAUAUUACACCAACAACUUGUCAUAUCACACCAACCACUUGUCAUAUCACACCACCCACUUGUCACAUCACACAAACCACUUAUCAUAUCACACCAACAACUUGUUACAUCACACCAACAACUUAUCAUAUCACACCAAACGCUUAUCAUAUCACACCAACCACUUGUCAUAUCACAAAAACCACUUAUAAUAUCUCACCAACCACUUAUCAUAUCACACAAACCUCUUACCAUAUCACACAAACCACUUAUCAUAUCACACCAACCACUUUUCAUAUCACACCAACCACUUGUCAUAUCACAUCACCCACUUGUCACAUCACACAAACCACUUAUCAUAUCACACCAACCACUUGUCAUAUCACACCAACCACUUGUCACAUCACACCAACAACUUAUCAUAUCACACUAACCGCUUAUCAUAUCACACCAACCACUUUUCAUAUCACAAAAACCACUUAUAAUAUCUCACCAACCACUUAUCAUAUCACACAAACCACUUACCAUAUCAUACAAACCACUUAUCAUAUCACACAAACCUUUUUUCAUAUCACACCAACCACUUAUCAUAUCAAACCAACCACUUAUCAUAUCACACCACCCACUUAUCAUAUCACACCAACUACUUAUCAUAUCACAUAAACCACUUAUCACAUCACACAAACCACUUACUAUAUCACACAAACCACUUGUCAUAUUACACCAACAACUUGUCAUAUCACACCAACCACUUGUCAUAUCACACCACCCACUUGUCACAUCACACAAACCACUUAUCAUAUCACACCAACCACUUGACAUAUCUCACCAACCACUUGUGAUAUCACACCAACCACUUAUCAUAUCACACCAACCACUUAUCAUAUCACACCAACCACUUGUCAUAUCACACCAACCAUUUGUCAUAUCACACCAACCACUUGUCAUAUUACACCAACAACUUGUCAUAUCACACCAACCACUUUUUAUAUCACACCAACCACUAAUCAGAUCAGACCAACCACUUGUCAUAUCACACCAACCAAUUGUCAUAUCACACCAACCACUUAUCAUAUCAAACCAACCACUGAUCAUAUCACACCAACCAUGUAUCAUAUCACACAAACCACUUAUCACAUCACACAAACCACUUACUAUAUCAUACCAAGCACUUGUUACAUUACACCAACAGUUUAUCAUAUCAAACCAACCACUUAUCAUAUCACACCAACCACCUAUCAUAUCACACCAACCACUUAUCAUAUCACACAAACCACUUAUCACAUCACACAAACCACUUACUAUAUCACACCAACCACUUGUUACAUCACACCAACAACUUAUCAUAUCACACCAACCACUUGUCAUAUCACAAAAACCACUUAUAAUAUCACACCAACCACUUAUCAUAUCACACAAACCACUUUCCAUAUCACACAAACCACUUAUCAUAUCACACCAAUCACUUUUUAUAUCACACCAAUCACUUAUCAGAUCAGACCAACCACUUGUCAUAUCACAUCAACCACUUGUCGUAUCACACCAACCACUUGUCACAUCACACCAACCACUUAUCAUAUCACACCAACCACUUAUCAUAUCACACAAACCAUUUAUCACAUCACACAAACCACUUACUAUAUCACACAAACCACUUGAGUGGAGUAGAAAUGAAGUCAAUAUUCCAGAUAUGGAAAUGAAUGAUUUUUAAUUCAUCUUCUACAGAGUCUUUCACUCAUCCAUACACAUACUGUUUCUAGACCUAAGCUCAUAAAAAUUAUUUUUUUAAAACUUCUUUUGAAUUGGCUCUUAGCUGGAACAGAACAUGACUGGAAUACUGUGAACAUAAUUGAACAAAGUAUGUGAACAUAAUGCAAUACUGUAAAUGUAAACAUCAUUGUAAUACUGUGAGACUUUCCUUGGGCUGAGCAGUGAAAGAUUCACAUGAUUGAGUAUAUCGUUUGGCCUGUAUAUUUGUUUGUGAUGCUGUUAAGAUUUUUUGACAUUUGAAUAGCUCUGUGAUCCCCUCUCACUGAUCCACCUCCCUUGUCUGUGCCUGAUUAUCAAAAAAAUUGAUCCCUCAAACAUGUGCUAAACUCUUCUACAACCUCUGCCCAGAUUUCCAGUUGUUCCAACUGCACUGACUACCAGUCAAGACGACUCAACAUCAAGUACAUGUUGCCUUCUGGUCAUCUGAAACAUGUUCAUACUGUAAGUAUUGAUUCCACUGUUUAUGUAAUGGGCAGAGAGUGUGUGUCAUCAUUUUAAAACAAUUAUCAUAGCUGUUGGAAAGUUAUUUGAGGAGCAUCACGAUAAAUUACAUUUACUUUUACAUGCUGCAAAGAAAAUAUUUUUUCGGGGGGGGGGGGGGGGGGGGGGUGUGGUGGGCUCUAUAUAAGCAUAAAAUUUGUGACCCUUUUUUAAUCAAUUUUGUCCAGUUUUCUUUCAUUUCUUCUACUUCUAAAUUUUGAGGGCCCACGAUCAAUGUAUUGAUCAUUCAAAUUCCAUUUUUUUUUUCUUUCUUUAAAUUGAGAAACAACCAGAAUUAACUGAAUAUGUUUAAAUACAAUGUAAAUAAAUGACAAGUUAGUGUUACAAAAUUGUGUGUUACAAAAUUGUUUCAAAUCCUGAAGGCAAGCAACAAUCUGAGAUUGAGGUCAUUUUUUUUUUUUUUGCCUGGCGUCUGUUUCAUCCCAAGCACCACAUAGGCUAAGAGUACAGAAUAACAUAAUGACAAAUUUAAUGUUUCAGUCCUUUAUCACUGUAUGUUAGAAGUGUCACACUUUACCACAUAACACUCUGACUGUACAACUUUUUAGGUUAAUGGGACGGCUUGUGCUGUGCCAAGAAUGAUUACUUCAAUCUUGGAACAGAACCAACAAAAGGUAAUGUGUCAGUGUCUUAGGCUCCAAGCUACUCUACAGUUUUUUUUUACAGUAAAAUAAUCCAUUCAUUAGAAGGGUUAAAAUAUUUUUAUCAAAACGUGUUCAAACCUUGCGACCUUUCUGAGUGAAAUUCACGUUUUUAUUAAAUUAAAGGUUAAAAAAUUGAAAACUAUCCUUGAUUAGUUUUUAUCAUCAACAAAAAAAAUAUUCAAUACCUUAACCAUUAACAGAAUCAACAAAAUGUUUUACAGGUGUUGCUGGUCACAUAAGUUUACCUACAGAAUUUUAAAAAUAUUUCAAUCACAUCUUAAAAACAAAAAGAAACACAUAAUUAUGUAGCUCUGCUUUCACAGAGGAGGAAGAUUACAAUACCCAAGGUGCUGCAGCCUUAUUUGAAUGGAAAGAUAGAAUACACAGCAGAGGUGACAAGAUCCUGGUACACUUACAUGAAAACUCUGAGGCGUGACCCAUCACCCGAGGACAGCUGAAAAGGCUAGCAGUUAUGCUGUUUAAUUAAUAGAACAAGUGUUUGUCUUGUUUAGGGAAAUCUUUGUACUGGGUUGGCUGAGUGAAAUCUUUGUACUGGGUUGGCUGAGUGAAAUCUUUUUACUGGGUUGGCUGAAUGAAGUCUUUGUACUGGGUUGGCUGAGUGAAAUCUUUGUACUGGGUUGGCUGAGUGAAAUCUUUGUACUGGUUUGGCUGAGUGAAAUCUUUGUACUGGGUUGGCUGAGUGAAAUCUUUUUACUGGGUUGGCGCUGAGUGAAAUCUUUGUACUGGGUUGGCUGAGUGAAGUCUUUGUAUUGGGUUGGCUGAGUGAAAUCUUUGUACUGAGUUGGCUGAGUGAAAUCUUUGUACUGGGUUGACUGAGUGAAAUCUUUGUAAUGGGUUGGCUGAGGGGCAUUUGGCCAAAUUUUGAGAGUUUAUUGUAUGUUGAAAAUUAUAAGACAAUUUUAAAUUGGUUUUAAGUUUUAUAUAUUAAUAUUUAAGAGAUUGACAGUAACAGACUAUAAUACAUUUUAUUACAUACCAUCUGAUACAAAGUACUAAAAAUUGUAAAGAUCUUCACUUGUUUUUGUUCCAAUAUUAAAAACCCUCAAAUUUAUGUCUGUUAUUUUAUGUAACGUUCUGCAAAUGUAGGAAAAGUCUAUAUUUUCCCCAUUACCGUAAUUAUUAAUUAAUUUUUUCUUUAAAUGUACCAUUUAAUCUGUUCAAUUAAAAAUGUUGAA